GGCUAAGUAUGUAUUCAUCACUGCCACCCGUGCGACUGAGUAUACAGACUAUCUGGUGUCUGACAGGCGCACAGGUCACUGCUCAGGCUGGGCACUGCGCAUCAUGUAUCUAUACACAGGCACAUACCACCCCAUGCACGCCGCAGGCUCCUAUCUAAUGAUGCUGUACGUCCCAAACCGAGGAACUCCAAACCAGCAAGAGCCACAAAUCCCUAAUUACCCCCGCAAACAGUCUCUCCACAACCCUCACCACCGCCGCACUCCUCCCCUGGCUCACAACAAUCACAUCCGACACCAGACAACUCCCCGCCCGCACCUCCCCCAUCUUCACGCCCGCGCAAUGCAAGACCGCCCUCAGCCACACCGCCACCCUCGCCCUCGCCUUCCAAGCCAUCGGCGCCAUCCUCUGGGGCACCGCCUUCCAAGGCCCCAAAUCCGCUGACCACGCGGCUGACGUGCUGGCAAGCGGGUACACGAUGCUAGCAGCCGGUCUCCUCGCCUCGCUGCUCGUGCUGACUGCCAUCACGCUCGCUCUGGCGCGCUACACCUGGUCCACGCGUCUCUGCGCGCCGUCAGAGCAACACGGCGUUAUCCCGCGCGAGCGUAUGAGAGCGGCGCUGCGCUUCUGCGCUGCUGCGACGGUGCUGCUUGGUGUGCAGACGCUGUGUCGACUGGGACGGCAUGGGGUCGUGUUUACGCAGUCGAACGGGGCGUUUCUGCAGUUCUAUCUCCGGCAUUAUGGCGCGAGGACGGAGUAUUAUCUCUGGGUUGGUGAGGCGGGGCCGUUGAUGUGUGAGUUGUGCUGCUUUGCUUUUCUUUUCGUGUUUUUUGGACUGCGUGCUGAUGGUGUGUUUUUGUUUGUGUGUCUAGUUGUAUUCGUACUGUUUUGCUGUCCUGCUACGUGUCCGCUGCCUUUAUGCGCGACUGUGCUGGGAGGGCGGUCGAUUGAUGAUGGGACUGCUGUUGGGCUGCCUGUGUGGCGGCAGUAUAGUAUGCAAAGGCGUUUUCUCGCUGCUGCUGCUGCUGCGCAUGAGUCGAGGGCGGGACAUGUCUCGAGGCAGCAGUAUCCUGCCGUUCCUGUCGAGGCAGCAGCAGCAGCAGCAGUCGCAGCGCCGCCGCGCGUGUCUGUGGAUACGCAUAAGAUUGCUGUUGAUGGAGAGAUGUAUAGGUGUGUGCAUUGUGCUGCCAAGUCGCCGCUCUGAGGAGAAGGGAUGGGUUCUUGGAAUGUGGAUGGUGUAUGCCUGUCUGCGGACAGUCUCCGGUCUUGUUGUAUUUAGCUAGCUAGCUAACUGUGCAAAGAUAGAAGUGAGGG